GCACGAUGUCAUUUGUUAUGAUCAAAACAAAAAUGGGGUUUGGCUGAGUUCGACAAAAUGUACAUUUAAAAUUUAAAGUGUUUCGUUUUUGUGGAAACGGCAGUUCGGGUUCUUUGGAAUCCCGAGCCAUCGGCAAAGUCUCGACUUAGUAUUAUGCAGGUGUGAUCGCAUGGGCCAACUGCAGUCCAUAGUUCAUCGCAGAAGCCGAAGUCUUCAACCAGAGUCCUUUCCAGAUCUAAGUAACUUCCCUCCUGAGGUUGCUGUUUGUGUUUUGUCUCAUUUAAACGCCACAGAUCUAUGUCUUGCUGCUUGCGUUUGGAAGCACCUAGCUGACAACGAACUGCUGUGGCAAAGCCUUUCAAAAGCAACUUGGGGUUAUGCUUCAGCUUACCACAGGAAACGUCAGGGAAAGAUUUCCUUCAAGGAGCUUUAUAUGUUGUUGGAUGAGGGGACUUGUCUUUUCAAUUUUGACCCUCACCAGGGAAUAAUUUAUUUAGUGAGACACAAUGUGUUGGAGGACUCUGUUUUAGAAAUAGCAAAGUUUAUUAACUGUACCGGAGCACUUUAUGGAAAGUCAGUUAGAGAAUAUCUCAACACAAGGAGAGAUGUUCUACAGGAAAUUGUCAAUAUGCAGAAUUAUAAAGGAAUGUUUCUGCCUGUGGCUCUAAGGCAGUUUUUUGAGCGAGUUUAUCCCCCAGAACAAAGAGGGGAAUUCUUAGACACCCUUUUGAACAAGUUUUCAAUUCGGUUUUGUGAUACAAAUCCUUCUGCAUCCUUUACUCCAGAGAGUGUGUUUAUUCUAUGCCACUCUUUGAUUCUUCUCAGUGUGGAUCUCAGCAGUCCACAUGUGAAAAACAAAAUGUCAAAGAGAGAGUUUGUCAAGAACCUGCGUGGGCUCAUCCAAGGGCCUGGGACGACUGAGUAUCUCGGAGAUCUCUACGAUAACGUGUACUUAGAAGGACACAUUGCCUUAAGGGCUGAGAAAUGCAAGCAGAAAACGGCCUUUCCUUUUGAGAGGCCUUACGGCAAGAUAUUUUUACACAUGUAACGAGAUGUUUCAAGCAUUUUUAGGCAAUCUUAUUUUCAAUUCAUAAGAAAUCCACUGCAAUGAUGGGCUGGAAAAAAUGUAAUUUUGAGGUUCCCCAAAUACUGUUUUGCCAGCAGAUUUUCCCCUGUUUUGGAAAGGUUUAUGAAACAAGCGCAGCAGGACAAUUGUUUUUCUAGAUUGACAAGGUAUUAGAUGAGAACUGAAUCCAAAUAUGAUUAGAUCACGAGUAACCUCUUUAGUUUUGUUUUGUUUUGUUUUUGUUUUUCCUUACUUUGUACUUUAUCAUGACAAUUCGUUUACGUUAUUUAUUUGAUGCCAAGACUUUUUCUUUUGACGCUUAAAUUAAGACUCUUUUUGGUUUUUGAAACAAAAGAUUACCCGAGUGUGGCCAAUUCACUUUUGUGAAAAUUUAAAAUUGUCAGUAAUUCAAUUAUUUACACCGAAAGGUUCCUAGUACAGCAAUUAAUGAGUAAUUUAUUUUUCAGAGAUACCUAAUACAAAUGGGUUUUCCAAUCUAAACUAAAAAGACACAAGUAGUGGGAGUUAAAUGAGCCUGCGAUGUUUUUUUUAAAGCUUUUGCUAAGCAGGGAACGUGACGUAUUCUUAUCAUGUGAUUAUUUUCGGACUAUUUUUUACUGUUAGCCCCUUUUUAAUUGGAUAGUAAAAAUCGGAAACGCUGCAUGCUUAAAGGCAGAUUUGCUUAACAAAAAAAACUCAUUUUGUCCCCGAAAGAAUAGGGAAAUCUUUGCUGACUUCGUUGCUCGCAUUUUGCCUUAUUAGCAUUCGACUUUGUGUAGUGAAGACAUAACGCUUUAUACGAAUUGACUGGAAACAUUUAAUAAGCUUGUAAAACUCAGUAAUUGGUGAAAUUUUGUAGCUCUUUGAGCGUAACAUUGAAAGAGAUAUUUGCUUAAAACGUAACCUAAAAGGUACACGCUAUCUGCGUGAAUAUUUAAAAAGAUUGUCUGAAUUGUAAAUUUGUACUCAAGUUGUUAAACAAUUUAUGUAAUUUGGAGAUGAAAAAUAUAGGCAGGGUCUUGUUUUAAGGACACCCCAGAAAAGAUAGACAAAGUGGUAAUAUUUACAAGUGUAACAGCACCAUUAGCAGGGCCGUAGACAGUGUGAGGCAAACCGAGGCACUUCCCUCAGUCAUUUUUUUUUUCGUUUUUUGCUGUUUCUCUUUUAAAGGGGGAGAGUAAAACACUAGCAAAUACGUAGGAAGAGAAUUUAACCAUAAACAUUACCUCGUCGCGUUUUUCUUUCUGGAUACGGCCCCGGUUAGGUUGUAGGUAGUUUGUAAUAUUCGUCUGGUUAGCGACACAAAAGGUUUGUUUGUUUGGAUAAUCCAGAUGUGGAACUGUCAUUGUGAUUUUUUUAUUAUUUCAAUGUGUAAUAUGAUCGAUGUGACACCGUCUUUCCCUCCAAUUGUAAAUAUUACUGGCAAACUGUUGUUGAAUAUUCCUUUUUUUAAUAUGAUGUGUACGACAACGUUUUACAUUAAAAGCUCGAAAUCUUCUGUACAGCAA